CCACGAUGGACUUGUGAUAUUUCGGAUAUUUGUGUUCUUUAAGGAGAUAAAGAAUGAAUAGGACUAAACGUGUUUUCCUCUAUUUCACCUUCUGGGUGAUAUUGGCCCUUGGUGCUGUGUUGUUGAACAUAUUCAACAUAGACUGGUCAAAGACAAACAUAUUCCAAGGAAUAAUCCUCACCGUGGUGCUAGGCGUACUACAAGGUUCCGUGCUGGAGUUCCCCGUUAUGACAGUGGCCACACUGCUUGUUGGAGGGGAUAGACGAGAGAAUCACAGGGUUUCGGGAGACCAGUUCACCAUCGUCCUCAACUACAACCUCCUCGCCGUCAGCAAAGACGACAUCGACGAGUGCCUUCAAACUAUGUACGACGCCUACAUGGGAAACCUGUCUGAGAAUGUAUGUGCUGUGUUAGUGAGCGCUACCAAUUCAGAGGAACUUAAGGCUUAUGAGCUGGAGGUGAGAGAUAACUUCAGAGCAAUGGUGUAUGAUGAACUCUUCAGAGAAGGGUUGAAUUAUGCCAGUGGGGAUAGAGACCUUGUAGACUCUCUUCGGUUAAAGCAUAUCUGGUCGAAAUUUGACGAUAUGGAUCGAAAUAUUUUCGUACGGACUUAUUUAGAUGAAAUAUGUGAUCGUUUUGCUCGUGAUUUCAUGGUUGUUCACAGAGUGAGUAGGGUCCUGAGGAAAUGUGGACAGUACCAAGACUUAAUGCUUCUAUCUCAUGGCGAUGAUGAGGCAUAUGCAUAUACAGAUAAAGACUACUAUGGAAGGCAGGCCAGGCCAUUUGGGCAGCCUUUGUUUCACGACUCUGAAGACGUGGAGAAUAUUUUCGGACGUCAGUUUGACUAUACCUUGGUCCUUGACGGCGAUACGGGUGUUGUAGGAGGAUCAGUGUUUCAGUUGCUGGAGAUAGCUGCUGCCAACCCCGACAGGGGAAUAAUACAACCAGCUAUAAAACUUCAUUGUACAAACACAGACACUAUCUUCAUGCAUUUGGAAAGAAUGAGACAGGCUAUAUAUGAACCCAUGACAAACGCUAUUACCGCUCUACUGGGACAGUCAUCCUAUUUCGGUAAAGCUUUGAUCAGGAACUCUGUUUAUAUUGAAAACGUCAUCGGAACCAGAGAUAAUCUCAUAGAGCGGGUUCCUGUUGAUGUUCUCAGCCACGACACCUUUGAGGCUGCCCUUCUCAAACCUCUGUACGCCGGGUCCGUUUACCUGCUGGAGGCGCCAUCCUACAACUACGUUGCAUGGAACAUUCGGGAAAGACGAUGGAACAGAGGCGAGGUUCUCUUGUCCAUGUACUUUUGGAAAAACGCUAUCGGGAAACCAAUGCGAUGGAUCCAGAGCAAAUUACAAGGAGAGAAGUUCAACGCCACCAAACUGAGAACUGAAUCUAAACUGGACUUUGUAACGUCGUACAUUGCUCACUCCGCCCUGCGUCAGAUGUUCAUGAAGCCACUGUUGCUGGCGUACAUCAUCGUUCACUACCAGACACAUCUCCGUUACAGGUACGCCUCAAUCAUCAUCGUCAUGUUCCUCGUCCUCGUCUUCCCAAAGUUUGCCACCUGCACCCGGGAAAACUACAAGUUUGUGUUUCUCGAGACCGUCGCCUCCAUUCUCCAGUUCACACCGGAAGCCAUGGUGGGAUGCGUUCGCAUCGUGCGGGCCAUUCAGGCCAAUAUUAGUGCAUCAGUUAAAUGGGUUCCCCAGAGAGCCGUGGAAGAAGAAUUCAAAAACUCAAACCCAUUUAUUUCAAGUUUCAAACAUUUAUGGGGCUAUUCUGUAUUUGCAGUGGUGUGUGCCGUGCUUGUUGGCUUUUUCGCAAGCGAAGCAUUACUGAUUCUCGUAAUGCUUGUGACUUUGUUCUUUUUACCUUUUUACACAGGGUUUACCUCACUUACACCAGACUUUAAAUCAUCCAAGAGUGUCAUGGAAAAAUAUAAGGCCAAUAUGGAGACAGCGAUCAGCACCAUUGCACAACCCGAUAAAAGGGCGGGCCCACAAAAAUACGUAUUUACAAACAUUGCUACGACCCUCUCUACUCAUCCGGACGCUAAUACGCGGUACAAACCUUUCGCAUUCCGUGGCCAAUAUAACGUUGUGUAAAGACUGAAAUCCGUAACCAAACAUUGGCCAUUUGCAAAUAGCAUUAACAUGGAUUCUUUAGAAUCCCUAUCCAUCGGUUCUACGUGUUCACUCUGCUCAUAAUCGGAACACUUCGGAUUUUCGAGGGAACCAGAUCGAUUGAAGAUGUUCCGAUUGCUCAUUGUUUCUCCACAGUCAGUAUCAUGCUCAUUUCAUGUCUUGAACGCUGUAAAAUUGGACGCUGAUCAAAGUGAUAUAAUGCCAUAUGUUAUAGCCUUGUCUCUAGUGCGUUUGCUAUGUGGAAUGUUGGACGUUACAACGCGUUCAUAUGGCCAGCUUUCUCUUCAUUUACGCAAUGUUCUGCGUUUUCGGUGCUUUGUCAUAGAAAGUUGAAUAUUACAAUAUAAAUUAGUUUUUAAAAUUGACCAUUGAUAGAUGGGUUCAUAUGUACAUCUGUCCGUAACAACGAGAAUAUGUUCUUUAAGGACAUGAAAAGAAAACAACGUAUAUCAAAUAAGAAAUGAAUUGCCCGAAAAUUAAUAUACGUGCUUUAGACCAAAUAAUGGGGAAGUCACUAAUAUAUACCAAGACAAUAUGAAGCACUGAGAAUUGCAAUUCAUAUUAAAAUUCACAGUAAAAAUGACU